GCCAUACAAUGUCUUGUUUUUAGACCAGUCCCAAAACCAUCCCAAUCCCCUGCCGACCCCAAACGAUAUUGACGGCUCUGAAUCCGUAGUCCAUGAGUCUACAGGCUCUCGCCUCCUACGGGUACAGCAAAGAUUUCUCGUCAAAUUCGGCAUUCAUGUCCACCCUAUCGAGGGCUAUAAUAUGCUAUAUGUAGCAAAGUUUACGACAGUGCCGAUUCCCAAGGUUUACGCGAUAUACCAAUGUCAAGAAGAGCAACGCAUUAUUACAUAUAUCUUUAUGCAAUAUAUGCCGGGCACGACGCUUUUAGACUCAUGGGGUAGCUUAGACAGGGCUCGCAAAACCGCUAUCGCUUUGACCCUUCGAACCUAUUUCGAUCAGCUCCGGCAACUACAGCCGCCGGGCUACUUUGGCGACAUUCACGGCGGACCACCACUUGACAACAUGUUUUCAGCAAUACAGAAUGCCCAGGAUAUAGAGACAUCGCUUACAACUGAGGACAAUCUAAUCGACUAUAUCAUCCAGGCAUACUCUCUUGAAACGGGCAAGCGUAUGGCUUAUAAGACUCAGUAUUACCAGCAUGUCUUCCCGACUGUCCUUCGCGGCAAUGGCUCUCCUGUCUUUACCCAUAACGACUUUCAGAGGAAGAAUGUCCUGAUACAGCCCGAUGGCACGCCACUUAUCAUCGACUGGGAAUUUGCGUCUUGGUAUCCGACUUACUGGGAAUAUUCAACGGCUAUAUAUGCUAACGCUGGUUGGACUGAUGAUUGGCAUGAAUAUCUGUGUAUGGUCUUAGACGAAUAUCCAAACCAGUCUCUUUGGCUAUCUAGUAUGAAGAAUGAAAUGUGGUCUUGAGAUUGUGGGUUGAGGAUGGCUACCUAUAGUUGCCCUGAAAUUUACUCCUGGGGUUUAUUCGAGGCUUACUUAAUAUGCUUUAAAGAGCUCCCAUAUUGUCACAUGACGUCGUACCUU